AAUGACAAAUGUCAAAACAGAUACAAAAUAAAAAUUUACAAGUCAUCGAAAAAUAGAAACUACGUUAAAUUGUUAGCUAGAUUACUAAAAAAAUUCCGAUAGUAAUAAUACAUUUUGCUUAAAAAUGGCAACAACACUUGAGGACAAAUCCAUUUGGGAUGAUGGUGAGGAAACCUUAGGCGAGGAGGUACUCCGUAUGUCCACCGAUGAAAUUGUCAGCAGAACGCGUCUGAUGGACAAUGAAAUUAAAAUCAUGAAGAGUGAGGUUAUGCGUAUAACUCACGAAAUUCAGGCCCAAAACGAAAAGAUCAAAGACAAUACGGAAAAGAUAAAGGUUAACAAAACACUGCCGUAUUUGGUGUCAAAUGUUAUUGAACUUUUGGAUGUGGAUCCUCAAGAAGAAGAAGACGACGGAGCAGUUUUGGUUUUGGACAACCAACGUAAAGGCAAAUGUGCCGUCAUUAAGACUUCAACACGUCAGGCUUAUUUUUUGCCUGUCAUUGGGUUGGUUGAUGCAGAGAAACUUAAACCCGGAGAUUUAGUGGGCGUAAACAAAGAUUCAUAUCUGAUUUUGGAAACAUUGCCUGCCGAGUAUGAUGCUCGUGUCAAGGCUAUGGAAGUAGAUGAACGACCCACUGAGCAGUACUCGGAUAUUGGUGGUUUGGAUAAACAGAUACAAGAGUUGAUUGAAGCGGUGGUAUUACCAAUGACUCACAAGGAAAAAUUUAAGACAUUGGGAAUUCAUCCACCAAAAGGCGUUCUCUUGUAUGGUCCACCUGGUACUGGUAAAACACUUUUGGCGCGUGCGUGUGCUGCACAGACAAAAUCUACUUUUUUGAAGUUGGCUGGUCCACAGCUCGUACAAAUGUUUAUAGGUGAUGGAGCAAAAUUAGUACGCGACGCUUUUGCUUUAGCCAAAGAGAAGGCACCAGCCAUUAUUUUUAUCGAUGAGUUGGAUGCUAUUGGUACAAAACGUUUUGAUUCGGAAAAGGCCGGCGAUCGUGAGGUCCAACGUACUAUGUUAGAAUUGUUAAAUCAGUUGGAUGGUUUCAGUUCCACAGCUGAUAUUAAAGUGAUUGCAGCUACAAAUCGAGUAGAUAUUCUGGAUCCUGCAUUAUUGCGUUCAGGGCGGCUUGAUCGUAAAAUUGAAUUUCCACACCCUAACGAGGAAGCACGCGCACGAAUUAUGCAGAUCCAUUCACGCAAAAUGAAUGUUAGCAAUGAUGUUAACUUUGAAGAAUUGUCUCGUUCUACCGAUGAUUUCAAUGGCGCACAAUGCAAAGCUGUGUGCGUAGAAGCUGGUAUGAUUGCUCUGCGGCGAAACGCCACCUGUGUUACACAUGAAGAUUUUAUGGAUGCUAUAAUGGAAGUACAAGCAAAGAAGAAAGCCAAUCUUAAUUAUUAUGCUUGAGCACACAAAAAAAAACUAUUGCAGUUUUCUCUUACUAUAGAGUUUUUAGUUAGCUUGCUAAUAUUAAUUGUAAUAAAAUGAAAACGACGCAUUUGAGAUACAAAUAUUUUAGCUCGAAUCGUUUUCAAGUACUCUUGUAGAAUUGCAUACAUAAAUAAAACUAACAUAAACACGAAAAUACA